GUGGUCUGAUCAACUCGCAACAAAAACAUGCAGAUUUGUGAAUGGAGAUAGUUCAGCUACUUUUACACAUGUCUUGAGGACGUGGCGUAUCCCAACCAAUUGAUAACUCUACCCACACUGAAGUGGACCAAUGGAACUGUGACAUUUCAUAGGCAAGAAGGUGGGAUUUAGCCAGUGCCCUAAAUUCCUAUUGGCCACUAUGUUAUUGCAGCACAGGAAAUCGAUGGCACAAGUAGGGCGGGUGUCCGGACAGACGCUACUGAAGUGAAAUUAUUCUGCAAAGAAACCGGCCGGGUCUAGAGUGUGUGUGAAGACAUGGAGCUGCGUGUGGUGUUGGUGUGUGUGGGAGUGUGUGUAGGGCUGGUCAGUAGUAAGCCCAUGGAGAAGAAAGACCGCGUGCAUCACGACUCGCCGCUUAGCAACCUAGACCAUGACGAUGCCGAGAACUUUGACUAUGAUCACGAAGCGUUCCUGGGACAGGAAGAGGCCAAGACAUUUGAUCAGCUAACGCCGGAGGAGAGCAAAGAGAGGCUGGGUAUGAUCGUUGAGCGUAUGGAUGAGGACGGUGAUGGCUUUGUGUCUGUGGAGGAGAUGAAGAAUUGGAUCAAACACGCUCAGAAGCGCUGGAUCUACCAGGACGUGGACAGACAGUGGCAGGGUCACGACCUCAAUGGAGACAAUCAUGUCACCUGGGAAGAGUACAAGAAUGCCACCUAUGGCUACAUCCUGGAUGAACAGGACCCUGAGGAUGGUUUCAGCUACAGGCAGAUGAUGAACCGUGACGAGCGUCGCUUUAAGUUGGCAGAUCAAGACGGAGAUCAGAAGGCUGACAAGGAGGAGUUCACUGCCUUCCUCCACCCAGAAGAGUACGACUACAUGAAGGACAUCGUAGUCAUUGAGACUAUGGAAGAUAUUGACAAGAAUGGAGAUGGGUUUAUUGAUCUGAAUGAGUAUAUAGGUGAUAUGUACAACCAGGACGGGGACGCGACUGAGCCGGAGUGGGUUCGCACCGAGCGCCAGCAGUUCACUGACUUCAGGGACAAAAACAAAGAUGGUCGCAUGGACCACGAGGAGACUCGCGAUUGGAUCCUUCCGUCCGACUACGACCAUGCAGAAGCAGAGGCCAAACACCUGGUGUAUGAGUCCGACACAGACCAGGAUGGGCGCCUGACGAAGGAAGAGAUUGUGCAGAAGUAUGACCUGUUUGUGGGAAGUCAGGCCACUGACUUUGGAGAGGCCUUGGUCCGACACGACGAGUUCUAAACAUACAAACAAACAAACAAACAAACAAAAACACCUGUCCACAAACA